AUCGAGAUCGCAGCGUGAACAGAUCGGUGAACAGAAGACAUUUUCGCAUGAGAUGCUGGAUCUACAUGCAUAGAAUUGUGCUGUGAUUGCGGAAUGAGAGAGGCUCCAUCUCUCUUUUGACACUGGCCCUCUUCAUUAUUGCCCCCCGACCUCUCAGUAGUUGAUCCCGGGCCUCGCCUAUGAUAGCCAAUAUGGUCUGAAAUCAAGGUCGAUAUCGAAGGUUCAGAAUCCCAAUUGAAGGAUGGGUUAUAAGAUGAUAGAGGGGAGAUAGAUUCUGGAAGAUGACAGAAGAAAGAGCGAGAGGCGUGUGUUGUGUAGCUGAAUCAGUAGCUGAUACAUGACUGCAGGUCUUAAGCCCGCUGCAUUAUACGUCUCUUGCCCAUGCGGCACUACAGCUUCUUCUCCGCUACAUCACAUUCCAGCUAUGCCUUGUCAUCGCUGUAGCCUACCUGAUUGCGCAGGAGGGUAGGGCGUUGAGUUGUGCAUCAACGGGGAGCAAGAGGGAGACUGCAGAUUGGGGUAAAGGAGGUGGGUGGGCGAAAUCUGCAGCCAUGUUCAACAGUUGGGGAGGGUCCGUGGAUAUGGCCACAGGCUCAGGGGCAGAGGAUGACACUCACAGCAAGAACCCCGACGUGGACCGAGCUUCGGUGAAGAGCUUGGAGGAGACGCACCAGAGCUGGUUGCUUGAGCCAAAAGCCGAGAAGAAGAAAAAGGAGAUCGACUUGGGGUGUAUGGUCUGCAGCCGGAAGCUGUUCCUUAUCCUGUUUGUGACCACAAUCGCCGCCAGCAGCAUUGUGGGCUUGUCAGUUCUGUUUUGGAAAAUGACGCCCCGCAAGCACCAUCACCCUCCACCCCUCGACAACUACACGAUUGCCUUGAAGAUGGCUCUAAAAUUCUUCGACGCCCAGAAAUCUGGACGUUUGCCAAAAUCGAACAACAUUUCCUGGAGAGAAUCUUCAGCGCUCCUGGAUGGACAAGUUGCAAUCAACGGAAACCCUACUGAUCUCAGUGGCGGUUACUAUGACGCGGGGGAUAAUAUCAAGUUCGGGUUUCCAGGGGCCUUUGCAAUGACUCUCUUGAGCUGGAGCGUGAUAGAGUACAAAGCCAAAUACGAAGCUGCUGUGGAGCUUUCACACAUCAAGGAAAUCAUCAAGUGGGGCACUGAUUACAUGUUGAAGACCUUCAACUAUACCUCACCAAAUGUGGACUAUGUAUUUGCUCAGGUGGGCGAUGCAAACACCUCCGACCCAAAUGACCACACAUGCUGGGAAAGGCCAGAGGAUAUGGACUACGCCCGUCCAGCAUACGCAGUUAGCUCCGCUCCAGACCUGGGUGGAGAAAUUGCAGCUGCCCUCGCAGCAGCCUCCAUUGUAUUCAAGGACUCUCCAGCAUACUCUAACAAGCUGUCAACCGGGGCAGCCAACAUCUGGAAGUUCGCAAGAGACCAGGGUAAAAGGGAGCGUUUCGUCACUGGCCUUCCCGAAGGAGAGGCUGGUUUCUACAACUCCACCAGCUACUGGGAUGAGUACAUAUGGGGUGGAGCUUGGAUGUAUUACGCCACGGGAAACACCUCAUAUCUUCAGUUAGUUACGCACCCAGAUCUUGCUAAGCAUGCCAAUGCAGACGGUGGGGGUCCCUUCUACGGCACUUUCAACUGGGACAACAAGCUAGCUGGUGCCCAGGUGCUUUUGUCGAGGCUUCUGAUUAUGAAAAGUCCUGGGUAUCCUUAUGAGCAGCUGCUCCGAGAGUACCACAAUCAGACCCAGACUGUUAUGUGUAACUACCUCCCCCAACACGGGAAAUUCAAUACCACGAAAGGAGGGUUGACGAUGUUCCUAUACGGCCAGGGGCAGCAACUGCAGUAUGCAGUCGCUAAUUCCAUGCUAGCUUCGUUGUAUGCUGAGUACAUGAAGGCCACCGAUGUUCCUGGAUGGUAUUGCCAUGGCACCUUCUACCCCGCUGAAACCUUGAAUGACUGGGCAAGAUCGCAGAUAGAUUACGUACUUGGGCACAACCCUAUGAACAUGAGCUACGUUGUUGGCUAUGGCGAGAGAUACCCGCAGCAAGUCCACCACAGAGCAGCAUCCAUCCCGAAAUCUGCAGGAAGAGUUGGUUGUACUCAAGGUCACAAGUACCGGGACGCGAAAUCCCCGAAUCCCCACAUUCUCGAAGGGGCUAUGGUUGGUGGACCGAACAAGUUCGACAAGUACCAUGACCGACGCACGAACUACCAAGAAUCAGAGCCGACGUUAGCUGCCAAUGCCGCACUCGUGGGAGCUUUGGCUUCACUCUCGACGGCAACGAAUACGGGAGUGGACGCCAAGGCCAUCUUCAACGCGCUGCCGCCUCUGUUCCACCCUCCUCCACCGGCAUCUGAGCCCUAGACGAACAGAAAUUGAAGAAAUUGCGCAUCAAUGGAGAAGAACUAGCGUUAUCAUCUUUCCUUGAGUUGUUGCCCUUCGUGGGCAUGGUCACGAGCUCCAUGUUUAUCUUGUCGCGGAUACGAUAUUCCCGUUCUGUCUUGAGCUGAAUUGGCUGUUAGAGUAGAAGCAUUGGGUGCGAUUAUGGUGGGGUCAUGAGCAGAUGAGGAGCUUUGGAGGAUGAUCAGACGAUUGAUAGGAAAGAAUAAACGAAAAAAAAAACAAAACAAAACAAGGCAUGCGAAAUGGGGCACCAGGACGAAUCACUGGUUAAAGAAGUGUUUGCGGAUGGUAGCAUGUGCACAGGCCCCAUUCUGAGGGGCAAAAUGUAUUGAUUUUUGCACCGUCAUGUCAGUGGGACGCGUUUUAGAAACCUGAAACGUGUUUCAAGCUGUGGCCUGAAAAUUCAUCUUGAUGGUUAGCGAAAUCAGGAGGUUAUGAUGGUGAAUCCAAUCAUGUCCCAAUCAAACACAUGCUCUCGUUUCUGUUCAAGAGAUGAUUGAUGUGUGCAUCGUGGACAUAGCUAGAGCAUUAAUGGCAUAUGCAGAUGCGCGAAACACUAUUUCAUUGGUUCAGGGUGGAGGAUGAGGGAGAAGAAUGGUGCAUUUUCCCAUCUGUAGCUGCACCUUCACCAGUAAUAUUCCACAUCACUUUGCAAUUACGUGAUUGUUUACAGCCGACUGCUUUAGCAGUUGAGUUUAAAUCACAGCGAACAGUCCACAUUUGCCUCCCA